AGUACCAAGUGAACAGCAGACUAGCAGCCAUUAAACAGUUCAAUUGGAAUUCAGCGUGAAGUCGACAUUUUGAUUAGUUACAUAACAGAAAUUAAAUAAAAUAGAAAACAAAUUAGGAAAAAACAAUAAAGACCGACAGUUUCUUGUUUAGGGUUUAUAUUUGUCCGGAAGUAAAGCUAUAACUUUUCCAAACUCGAGUCAUCAAUCGGUUUCUUGUUUCGCUGAUCUUCAGCGAUUCUACGACGUCAUCUCCGAUCAGGUUGGAGGGGAUUAUGUUUGCUGGAUACAUUCUGAGGGCGGUUUGUGAUCUUUAUAGGUUGUGUUAUAUUGGUGCUUUUGCUGAAGAAUUUCUGUUUGACCACCCUUUUUUUAGUAGUAGCUAUGCUACCCACUGGGUUGAAAGAUAAUCAACUCCGCGAGAGCAACAGUCAAAAGGUCCAUCCUCAACCCAUGGAAGAGUCAAUCAAUCAAAAUCCUGAAGCUGUGGAAGCCUUGAUAUCCAAAAUAUUUACGAACAUCUCAUCCUUAAAGUCAGCUUACAUCCAGCUUCAAACAGCUCAUACUCCUUAUGAUCCUGAAAAAAUCCAAGCUGCUGACAAACUAGUAAUUUCUGAGCUGAAGAACUUAUCUGAGCUCAAGCACUUUUACAGGGAAAACUAUCCGAAGCCUGUAUGUGUUUCUCCUCAGGACUCUCGCUUAGCUGCAGAGAUCCAAGAACAGCAGAGCCUGCUGAAGACGUAUGAGGUUAUGGUGAAAAAAUUCCAGUCGGAGAUUCAGAAUAAAGAUUCUGAGAUUCUUCAGUUGCAGCAGCACAUUGAGGAGGCAAGUCAGAAGCGAUCUAAACUGGAAAAGAAUCUCAAGCUUAGGGGCCUGUCAACCAAAGAAUCAGAAGCUUCUGGAGAUGAAAAUGGAUAUUUUCCUGUAGAUCUCACCCCUGAGCUCUUCAUAUCUGCUGUGGAAGCAUCUUUCAAAGCUAUUCAUGAUUUUUCUAAACCUUUGAUCAACAUGAUGAAAGCAGCUGGGUGGGACCUUGAUGCUGCUGCUAACUCCAUUGAACCUGAUGUUGUUUAUGCAAAGAGAGCCCACAAAAAGUAUGCAUUUGAAUCUCAUAUAUGUCAAAGGAUGUUCAGUGGGUUUCAGCAGGAAAGCUUUUCAAUAAAAUCAGAUGACGUGACAUUCUCCAAAGAGAGUUUCUUUCCCCAGUAUCUUGCACUAAAGGAGAUGGAUCCAUUAGAUGUGUUAGGUCAGAAUCCAGAUUCCAGUUUUGGCAAAUUUUGCAGGAGCAAAUACCUGGUGGUGGUUCAUCCAAAGAUGGAAGCUUCGUUCUUUGGAAAUUUGGAUCAGCGAAAUUAUAUAAUGGGAGGCGGGCAUCCAAGAACCCCCUUUUACCAAGCUUUCUUAAAGUUGGCCAAGUCUAUAUGGCUUCUGCACAUGCUGGCAUUUUCUUUUGAUCCUAAUGUUAAGGUCUUUCAGGUUAAGAGGGGAAGUGAGUUCUCAGAGGUUUACAUGGAAAGUGUUGUAAAGAAUCUGAUUUUGGAUGAAAAUCAAAAACCUAGAGUAGGGCUAAUGGUCAUGCCAGGUUUCUGGAUAGGGGGCAGUGUGAUUCAGAGCCGGGUUUAUCUUUCAGGUGUGAAGGUUGCCGAGUAACUACUAGUCCUUGAAUAACCUUUGUUGUAAUGUCUUUUUGUGGUGUGUUUCAAUCUAAUGAUGUAUUUCCUUUGCUUAUAGCGUGUUGUAAGCUUUGUAAUUGUAUUGUUAAAUCGUAUGAGGUGAAAUUAGCAUUCAUGUCAAGUAAAAAAGUGUUGGUCUCUCUCGUUA